AAUUUUCAGGUUUCUCUCUCUUUCUCUCACACUCUCGGGUUCUCCCUCUCACAGUAGCACUUUCCUUUUUAGAUUUAAGCCGUGACUAACUUAGGCCACUGGAGUCGACAUACAUCCCCGCCGCCAAGGGCAUUGAAAUAAGUCUUAGACAGCCUCACCUCGUUAUCAAAUAAGUUGUAUCACCGUAACGAAAUUUGGGUACAGGGCGUUACACUUAAAAUGGGUUUGAAGGAGUUAAUGGACAGACCUAAUUUGGUAGAAGUGCUUAACUUGAAUUGGGACUGUGGCUUAAGGAGCCUUGCAGAGUUUCUGACUCAUCAGCAAAGUAUUAGGUUGACAGCAAGAGAUUUCAGUUUAUCUGAAAAAAUAGUAUUUUUUUCAUCUUGUGAGAUCUCACUCAUUAAAUUCAUCAUAGCUUGAAAAAGUUGUUUUGUUUCCCAAAUCUGAUUACAAAACUGCAGGAGAGCCUCUAGUGGAUAUGCUUCCUGUGGGUUUGAAAAUACGGAGUGCCGCAAAAAGGACCUAUUGUGUGGGUGCCAGACAUUAUGAAGAUUUGUCCCUUUUCCUUGAAAAUAUACAAUGUUUAUCAGGCAAUAUACAAUGUUUAUCAGGCUUUAGAUCUAAUCACCAAGUCUUGUCAGCUGUUCUUAAAUCCUGCGCUACUCUCUCAGCCAUCAAAUUUGGGAAAACUCUUCAUGGUUACAUUGUGAAGCAGGGCCAUCUUACCUGUCACACUGUAUCUAAAGCUCUGCUUAACAUGUAUGCAAAAUGUGGCGUGCUUGAUGAUUGCCAGAGGCUGUUUAGUCAGAUUGGCAACUCUGAUCCCGUCACUUGGAACAUCAUCCUGUCUGGAUUUUCGGGAUCCCGAAUGUAUGAUGUGGAGGUGAUGAGAUUGUAUGAUGUUAUGCACAAAGGUGGUGAAGCUAAACCUAGCUCUAUCACUAUUGCUACCAUUCUUCCGGUGUGUGCACGGUUAUUAGAAAUCAAUACGGGGAAGUGUGUGCACUCUUAUGUGAUUAAAUCUGGACUGGACACAGAUACCCUUGUUGGGAAUGCGCUGAUAUCAAUGUAUGCAAAAUGUGGGCUAGUUUGCAAUGAUGCCUUGGCUGUGUUUAAUAGCAUGAAUGAUAAAGAUGUUGUUUCGUGGAAUGCAAUUAUUGCAGGAUUUGCUGAGAAUAAGUUAACAGGCAAUGCAUUCAAAUGGUUCCAAUGGAUGUUGGAAGGACCAGUGGAACCAAAUUAUGCAACCAUUGCAAAUAUUCUACCUGUUUGUGCUUCUUUAGAUGAGAAUGCUCCCUACCAUUUAGGAAGAGAGAUACACUGUUAUGUGCAACGGCGAACAGAAUUAAUUUCAGAUGUUUCUGUCCGCAAUGCUUUGGUGAGCUUCUACUUGAGAGGUGGAUGGAUGAAAGAAGCAGUAUCCUUGUUCCAGAGCAUGACAUCAAGAGAUUUGGUUUCAUGGAAUGCCAUAAUUGCAGGUUAUGCAUCAAAUGGUGAGUGGUUGAAAGCUUUGGACUUGUUUCGUGAAUUACUCUCUUUAGAGAUGAUUCAGCCUGAUUCUAUAACUUUUGUGAGCAUUCUUCCUGCUUGUGCUAUCUUGCAGAAUUUGCUGGUAGGGAAAGAGAUUCAUGGGUAUAUUCUUCGACAUCCGUACCUGCACGAUGACACAGCCGUAGGUAAUGCCCUCAUUAGUUUCUAUGCAAAAUGCUGUCACAUGGAAGCUGCAUUUCAGAUGUUUUUGACGAUAUUUGAAAGAGAUUUGAUAUCGUGGAACUCUAUACUCAAUGCGUUUGUGGAUGGUGGAUAUGACAACAAGUUUCUGGGCCUAUUAAACUGGAUGCUCAAUGAAGGAAUUAGACCCGACUCCAUUACUAUCUUGACUAUACUUCAUUUUUGUGCUAAUGUUAUGAGAGUAGAGAAGGUUAAAGAAACUCAUAGCUAUUCAAUGAAGACUGGUUUGUUGCAAGGUGAUAUUGAACCUACUGUUGGAAAUGCGUUGCUUGAUGCAUAUGCCAAAUGUGGAAACAUUGAGUAUGCAUUCAAGAUUUUUCAGAGUUUUUCAGGGAAAAGGAAUUUGGUCACCUACAAUGCAAUGAUCUCAGGUUACGUGAAUUGUAGAUCACAUGAUGAUGCAUAUAAGAUUUUUGACAGGAUGUCUGAAACAGAUCUCACUACCUGGAAUCUAAUGGUUCGAGUUUAUGCAGAGAAUGAUUGUCCUGGUGAAGCUCUCAAUUUGCUUCAGGAGUUACAAGCUCGAGGAAUGAAGCCUGAUACAGUGACAAUUAUGAGCUUCCUUCCUGUAUGCACUCAAAUGGCCUCUGUCCACCAGCUGAACCAGUGCCAUGGAUAUGCACUUAGAGCUGGUUUUGAGGAUGCUCGCUUGAAGGGAGCUUUGUUAGAUGUAUAUGCAAAAUGUGGCGCUAUAAAGUCUGCUUAUAAGCUUUUUCAUUCAAGCACCCACAAGGACUUGGUUAUGUUCACAGCUAUGGUCAGUGGGUAUGCCAUGCAUGGUAUGGGAGAGGAAGCACUUAGUGUUUUCUCUUAUAUGCUUGAGCUGGGUGUGAAGCCAGAUCAUGUCAUCAUCACUGCUGUGUUAUCUGCUUGCAGUCAUUCUGGUCUUGUAAGUGAAGGGUUGAAGGUGUUUUAUUCAAUAGAGAAGGUCCAUGGAUUCAAGCCAACCAUGGAACAAUAUGCCUCUGUGGUGGAUCUCCUUGCUCGUGGUGGUAGGGUAAACGAUGCGUAUUCUUUUGUGGUUAGGAUGCCCAUUGAAGCUAAUGCAAAUGUGUGGGGGACACUUCUAGGUGCCUGUAGGACACAUCAUGAGGUAGAAUUGGGCCGUCUUGUAGCAGAUCGACUUUUUGAAAUUGAAGCUAACAACAUUGGGAACUAUGUGGUAAUGUCAAACCUAUAUGCAGCAGAUGCUAGAUGGGAUGGGGUCAUAGAGAUAAGAAAGCUUAUGAGGAAUAGAGAUCUGAAAAAGCCAGCAGGAUGCAGCUGGAUUGAAGUGGAGAGGAGGAAAAAUGUUUUUGUAGCUGGGGAUUCUACUCAUUCUCAAAGGUGCCUUAUAUACAGCACUCUGAGUACAUUGGAUCAACAGAUCAAGGAGCCGGUUCAUUUUUAAUUUAAUCAAUGAGUUUACUUGUGUCUCCAAAUUGAAUGCAUAUAGCUUUUGGAGGCAGGCCAGUUGCUUUGGUUUACAGGUACACCAUCAUACUUGAAUUAUUUUUUGUUGUGUAAAGAGGGCUCCAUGUGUAGCCUAUGAAUAGUUGCCCUUUCAAUCCGAAAAUUUUAUAAGAAUUUACCAAACAGACAAGGUUGGAUCUGUAAUAACUGGAGAUAUAGCUGGCGGAUGGGUGGUUUCUGCACUUUCAGAUAAGGUGUGAUAAAGUUGCAGGGUGGAGGCCUCAUUACGUCACCCGCCGACAUGCGGAUAAGUUGACUUAUCCACACCAGACUGCUAUAUUAUGUCCGAACAUUUGGUAAUCUUCCACUGAAGAAUUGAGCUUUCUUGGGUUAAUUGGUAAACACGAAUUGAUUAUAGUUGGUUUAGGCAAGGGCAACUUGCCUACUUACAUCAUCUUGCUAUGCAAUGGGAAGUAACUCUCACACCCAUGAAAAUUUUGCAUAUUUCAUAGCUUUUAUUAUGGGAUUGUCUUUAAAAAGAGCAAACCAUUUUGAUGUUACAGCUGAUCGUGCCGUCGAACUUAACCAACGAACACCAAUUAGAUGAACGGAGAUGAUGAAGCCCUGACCAGGCAUGGUGCCAAAUCCUUAUUUUGCCUGGUACGAAGCACGUCCAUGGCCAAAUGCCACCUGCUUUGGCUAGCAAAUUCUUACCUGCUAACAGGCAACUAUUAUUGUUAGUUGGUAUUAUGCUUCAUUUCAUGCUUACUCGUAGGCAAAGAGCUUUAUCAGGUUUUUCUUAGAGAAUCGUGGGGCUGUUGAGACAUGAUCACAAGCCUGAUAAAUGAAAAAAAUUCGGUGGGCAUGAAACAUCCUUCCACACUAGGCGGUUCAGAGACUGAAAGAAAGUAGGCUGUGCAUACCGUUCAAGGACUCAACUUGUUCCUUUCUCCAUUACCAAGAACAGAAGGCGUAUGUUUUUCACAUUCAUUCACUCUUGCAAACACGAACAGAGCUUCAAAUGGAGGGAUGGCCUUUGUGAGGUGGAAUUUCCUUCAGAAUGGCUUGCAGGGUUCUGGACUCUAUGUUCCUUUCAAUGGUAUACGCUGCAAUCCUCUCUCUCUGUCGUGCUCCCUAACAUACCAUUUUCUCAUUUUGCUUCUUCUUUUUUUCGUUUUCUUUUUUUGUUUAUAAUUAGUUUUGGUUUGGAUAUUAGUGCCACCAUCAAAGGUGAAGUGGGAAUAAAAAAAUUUUAGCC